AUGAAAGACAGAGAGAAUCCUUUUGCGCCCUCCCCCUUUAUAAGCGACAAUAUCUGGUCGUACAUGAACAACAAAGACUGGAAAGUCAUUGGAAACUCGUUUCGAGCCCGGUCAAACAGCAUAAACAAAAUACCGACCCUUCCUGUGAGCGCCCACGAGCAAAAAGAAGGCAGAAAAAGGAGCAUGUCUUUGAACAACAUCAGCAUGUACAAGGACCCUGCAAGCGCGCGCGCAUGUUCGGGCUCUUCUCCUGUUAGCGCCCAAGCCGCCCCUGCCCACAUAAACAGGAGCGUGGUCACGGAGAAGGGAAACCUGUCGCUCCUGAGAAGGCACUCGCUCGACCCAAGCAUAUUCAACAGCAUUGCCCGCACAGCGGUGAGCCUGGAAAGGCCGAACAUGCGCCUGGCAGCCGGCAGCUUUUGCAUUGUCCAGUUUGGCAGCGGGAACCGGUGCUUUGGCAUGUACAAGGACAUAUCCCUCAUGAAAGGAACUUUUGUCAUCAUAGAGGCUGAUCGCGGGGAAGACUGCGGGUCCGUGAUACUCGACGCAAUUGACUCCUUCCAAAUGAGCGAGCUGUCCAUCAAGUACAACAUCACAACGGUUGAGACCCGGAAAAUACACAGGGUGGCCACGGACGAGGACAAGCUGCUGCUGCUCGAGCAGAACAUGCUGGAGCAGGUCGCUGUGAGUAACUGCUGCGAAAAGGUCAAAGAAAGAAAGCUCCCCAUGGAAAUAGUCAGCGCAGAGUACCAGUGGGACCGGAAUAAACUUACAUUCUACUUCAAGAGCGACAAGAGAAUAGAUUUUAGAGACCUCGUUAAGGAGUUGUACAAGUCGUACAAGACUAGAAUAUGGAUGUGUGCGGUAGAGAAAAAGGGAGGAAAAAAUAUAAUAUACAAGCAUGAGUAG